AGAAGCCAGACAUCUGCUCUUCACAUGAAUGCACUCACCUCCUAGAGAUCAGGCUGCCAUCAUGCUCUGGAAACUCGUGGAGAAUGUCAAGUACGAAGACAUCUACGAGAUGUUAGUCCACACCUAUUCAUCCAUGGACCGGCACGAUGGUGUCCCAAGCCACAGCUCGAGGCUUUCUCAGCUGGGCUCGGUGUCCCAAGGACCCUACUCGAGCGCUCCGCCGCUGUCCCACACCCCGUCCUCGGACUUCCAGCCACCCUAUUUCCCGCCCCCCUAUCAGCCGCUACCCUACCACCAGAGCCAAGACCCCUACUCCCACGUCAACGACCCCUACUCCCUGAACCCUCUGCAUCAGCCCCAACAACAUCCUUGGGGGCAACGGCAGCGGCAAGAAGUGGGUUCGGAAGCCGGCUCUCUCCUGCCCCAGCCCCGGGCUGCUUUGCCCCAGCUCUCGGGCCUUGACCCCCGGAGGGACUACCAUUCGGUCCGGCGGCCGGACGUGCUGCUACACUCGGCGCACCACGGCCUGGACGCCGGCAUGGGCGACAGCCUUUCAUUGCACGGCCUUGGGCAUCCCGGCAUGGAAGACGUCCAGUCAGUUGAAGAUGCCAAUAAUAGCGGCAUGAAUCUAUUGGACCAGUCUGUCAUUAAAAAAGUUCCUGUCCCUCCCAAAUCUGUGACUUCUCUAAUGAUGAAUAAAGAUGGCUUCUUGGGAGGCAUGUCUGUCAACACCGGCGAAGUAUUUUGCUCAGUCCCAGGCCGUUUAUCUCUGCUCAGUUCAACUUCCAAGUACAAAGUAACUGUGGGAGAAGUUCAGAGACGGCUCUCGCCCCCCGAAUGCCUCAAUGCUUCUCUCCUUGGCGGCGUCCUCAGAAGAGCCAAAUCGAAAAAUGGGGGGAGAUCUUUGCGAGAAAGGCUAGAAAAAAUCGGUUUGAAUUUACCCGCGGGCAGGCGCAAGGCAGCAAAUGUCACGUUACUCACCUCCCUGGUGGAAGGAGAAGCUGUUCACUUAGCUCGGGAUUUUGGAUACAUUUGUGAAACAGAGUUUCCUGCUAAAGCCGUGUCUGAGUAUUUGAAUCGGCAGCACACGGACCCCAGUGACCUGCACUCCAGAAAGAAUAUGCUGCUGGCCACCAAGCAACUUUGUAAAGAAUUUACCGAUCUGCUGGCGCAGGACCGGACACCGAUCGGGAACAGCCGGCCCAGCCCCAUCUUGGAGCCCGGCAUCCAGAGUUGCCUCACGCACUUCAGCCUCAUCACGCACGGCUUCGGUGCCCCGGCCAUUUGCGCUGCGCUCACCGCCCUGCAGAACUAUCUCACCGAGGCGCUCAAAGGCAUGGACAAGAUGUUCUUGAACAACACCACCAGUAACAGGCACACGUCUGGGGAAGGCCCAGGUAGUAAAACUGGCGACAAGGAGGAGAAACACAGGAAAUGAAAAUAAAUAAAUAAAUAAAUAAAUAAAGAAGGAAAAUGUUUUAAAUACAAAAGGAAAACAGAAAAAAAAAUAAUUUUAGCUUUAACAUAUUGGAUUGGCUUUGGAAGAAUUAUAUUAGGUAGAAUACACAUACAAUCAAAAUUUUAAAAAAAGGCUAAAUAACUUAAAAAAAAAAACAAAACUGAGGCAUACCACGGAGCAACAAUAUCGUUUCUCAGUGUCUGUUUCAAGAUUUACUUGGAGACAACCGUCCGGAUUUUCCACUUCGGUUCUUUCGAGCUUAGUAAUACUGAUAAUAAAAGAAAACUAUGAAUUUCCCCUUUUGGAAAAUAAACAUGAGACUAAACAUGAGAAAAAUGCUAACUUAUUGGAAGAAAUUUGGAGAAACGUUGCUGUUGGUGCUUUGAGAGCUGGUUGACUGAGACGCACGAACUUUAUAAUUUUUAAUAUUUUUUUUAAGGAAGCUCGCAGUCCCCGCCCUCCAUCUCCCCUCACCCCUCUCCCGGCUGCCCCGCCUUUGCCCCUUUUUCUCACUGUUCUGGGAAUCUGCCGAGAUGAAAAUGAGUGUGAUUACCUCUUUUACGUUGCUUUUGUUCCUCUGCUAUCUCGGCCUCGCCUAGAGUUCCUAAGUCACUAGGGCCCAACUCCCCGGCGAUGUGUAAUAAUAAUUAGGGAGGCCAAGGGCGGGAGUUGGGGUUGGGGGGGCGGGGGACUUGCGGAGAAGCGGGCGGAGGCUGCAGCUUUUGAUGCGGGCCAAAGAGCUGAGGCUUCGGGCGGCAGAGGAAAACCCAGACCAAUAAGUUGAUUCAUCAUCGGUUCCUUUCAGAAAUGUUCCUAGUUCUCAGACUUGCCAGCACCUGCUCACAGAGAAUCUUGCAUUUGUUAUUCUAUGUGUGUCAUCUAUCAAUUUUAAGAAAUAUAGUAAAAACCAAAACAAAAAAAAUCAAAAAAAAAAAACCCAUGAAUACGUUGAUUAGUAUGUAAUUCCUUCGGAGGGGUAUGUACCAUUUCAUUCUCUUCUGUUUCCCAAAGCUUUACCCGCAUGGUUUAUGAGCUUCUUCAAAGAAGACUUGGGCUUCCUACACAAUCUAUAAGGUACUGAGAAAAAAAAAAAUCCGAUCUUUAAAAAUCAAAGCCUGUAUUUCAGAAUUCAGCAGGUACACUUCUUUAAAGAAGCUCAAAGGGAAUAAUUUAAAAAGUGGCCUGUAUGAUGGGAGCAGCUUUGAAUCUUCUUGCCAAUGUACCUUAAGGUGGGAAUUUGGGCAGGGGUGGGGCUCUGCAAAGUGGAUUUUAAGAGAGAAGAAUGAGGGUUCUUGGAACCUUGUAUUCUAACAGAAUUGUCCUCACUGAAAAUGGAUUCCGUUUCUCUAGGCCUUUUGUGAUUGCUGUUUUAAUGGGAAAAAGAAACAGCUUUACAGAUGUUUUUGGGGAAGGUGAUCUACAAGGUACCAUGGCUCUGUUUUUAUAAAUGAAGCCUUUCACCUUCCCAGACAUACACUUGUUUUAACAUAAAAGUUUUUAAAAAUCCGAAAAGUGAAAAGAUGUGUGUAUUUCAGCUUUGAAUUCUCUGGCUACACUGAGAAUAUUCCCAGUGGAUGAAAUCCCAUGUAUUUAAUAACUCUCACUUCUCCCAGACUUUUUACUUGUACUCCAUCUUAACGUUAGCAUGCAAGAAAAUCUGGAAUCCAUGGUUGUACCUUUGCAAGAGCAGUGAGAUCCUUCAAGGUUUUUGGUGUGUGAAAUAAAUCCUUUUAGUAUAGGUACAGUGUCUCUUUUCAACAACAUAGACAGAGUCUUUGCAAAAUCCAUUGGGAUAAAGAUUCAGAUGUGCUCCAUGAUUGGCAGAUAGGCCCACACAAAUGGCCUGGAUUCACAGAUUUUUUGCAACCCUUCU